AUCUCUCAACUUGCUGGCGCAUUGGUGAUAAUUCCUCGAUCUUCAGUUUACCUAGGUGGCUAUGACAAGGAGGAGAAGGCUGCGAGGGCUUACGACAUGGCUGCGCUCAAGUACUGGGGCCCGACCACCACGACCAACUUCCCGGUGUCCAACUACGAGAAGGAGCUGGAGGAGAUGAAGCCCAUGACGCGGCAAGAGUUCAUCGCGUCCCUGCGCAGGAAGAGUAGCGGCUUCUCACGAGGGGCAUCCAUCUACAGAGGAGUUACAAGGCAUCAUCAGCAUGGCAGGUGGCAGGCGAGGAUCGGCAGGGUGGCCGGAAACAAGGACCUGUACUUGGGGACUUUCAGUACCCAGGAGGAGGCAGCCGAGGCGUAUGACAUCGCGGCGAUCAAGUUCCGCGGGCUCAACGCUGUGACCAACUUCGACAUGAGCCGCUACGACGUUGAGAGCAUCCUCAGCAGCGACCUGCCAGUCGGGGGCGGGGCGGCCGCCCGUGCCUCCAAGUUCCAGUCAGAUCCAUCACCGAUCGCCAGCGUGGCGUCACCCGACAUGCUGCCGCCUUCAGAGAAGGACUACUGGUCCCUGCUUGCCCUGCACUACCAGCAACAGCAGCAGCACCAACUCCAACAGCAACAGCAGUACCCUGCCUCUGCAUUUGAGACCUACGGCUCCGGUGUGAACGUCGACUUCACAAUGGGCACGAGCAGCCACAGCAGCAGCAACGCUAACGGUGGCGCCGUGUGGGCUGGUGCGACGGGACACCAGGACGGCAGCAUCAGGCAGAGCAACAGCUACUCCAACAACAUUCCUUAUGCUUCCAUGGUGUCAGGGUCAGCAGCUGGGUACGAGGGCUCCACCGGCAACAAUGGAACCUGGGUCACCAGCAACCCAAGCACGGCUCCUCAGUUCUACAACUAUCUGUUUGGCAUGGAGUAGGUGAUCACUGACUGCCUAGCUAGCUAUAGCUGAAAUUGGGUAAUAGGCCUAGGAGGGACUAACAUGGAACUGAUCAAAAUUUUGGCUGCUGCUGCAUGCUUGCAUGCAUGGGAAUGAUGUAUGAAUGCAAUGCAUUCUUCUGGUAUUCUUUUUUCCCUUACCCACAGGGUCCUGUAGCGGAGAACUCGUGUAUCAUCGGAAUUUCUAAUCAAGUUAUUCUUCUAGUUCUUUGGUCA